UUUUAAAGAGACUGACGAGACAGUUGCAGUCAUAUUUUAUUAUAAGCAGUCGACACAGUCACCAUCAUCUCUGUAGUCUGCCCGGCAACGGUGUCGUCCAGAGAUCCAAUCUCAAUGAUCCGUGGCAUGGACGGAUACCAGCUGACCCAAGCAGACAAGGACUUCAUUGAACGCAAGAAUGAGGAGAGACUCCUCAAACCCCUGGAGGGGGCACAGGCAGAAUUGGACGAGGCCCUAAGAAGGGAGGCCAUGGCCCUCGGUCUGGCCCUCGCCCGCCAAGAGAAGGCCCUCGAAGAACUCAAAAAGUUCCCCCCGUGUGGGAAGAUGGUCACUCUGGCAAGGCUCUUCCUGGGCCAGGAGCUGCCGGACAGCAAGGUGGACCUUAUGAACAGCAGGACCCUGCUGACUCUAGUGAAGGAACCAGCCGUCCGGUCCGCCAUCUCCAAGCAGAAGAGCGCCCUCGUGAUUCUGGAGGACAGCAUUAGGAAGAAGGAAGAGAAGGCGAAGGAAGAUCAGGAGAAACGGAUUCAGGAAAAAAAGCAUGAAAUCAAAGGGUUGAUGAUUCAGAUGGCCGACCUUCAGUCUGAACUCGCCCAGGAGAAGGAGAAGUGUGCGACCAUCGAGGCAAUGGCCGCCGCCCCCCCGCCCGUCCAAAUCAAAAUGAAGGCCGCUGCCCCCCGGUCAGUGAAGAUCAAAAUUGAGGCUGUUGCCCCCCUGCCCGUCAAAAUGGAGGCCGCCGUCAAACGGGAAGCUGUCACCAGCCGGCCGCUUCGGAAAUCAUCAACAACGAGUGCGGCCGCAGCCAACCUCGCUCUCAAAACUUCGGCUUCCGUCACCAAGAUUCCGAAAAACGCUGCGAGUGGCGGAACCUGGAGGAAAACGCCAGGCUCCGCGGCCGUUGCGCCGUUGCCGGCGACGACAGCCGUCGUGUCCGAACUAUCGGGCAGUCUUCGGAGAUCGAAACGCAUUGCGAGUAAAAAGUAACUCUGUCUUUGGGUUUUGUCAAAAACUAUGACACUAUGUGAUGUUUUUGAUAUGUGAUGACGAAUUUUGUUGACGAACUUGUAAAAAAUUAAAUGUAAUGCCUAACUUUACAUAUAAUACAAAUUUUCCUAAUAAAAAUAAGAUUUAAAUUGUGUGUGAAAUACUAAACAAACACUCGCUCUACUCCGUGAACUUGGAUCAAUUGCACGUUAUUUUUCCAUUGCAUGUUUUUCGGCCCCUGUGUUUCAUUCCUGUUUGCCAAUGCUGGAGCAAACAGUAGCUGACGUUGGCAGGAACGUUCCUAGAAACCAUCAAUUAGUGUUAACAGCCAAAUUCCAAAGCAGACAUUUUGAAAACGGUUUCCAAGAUACUUGUGGUUUGAGGAUUACCGGCCAGUUUCUGGU